UGUUUAAUGCAGUGCAGUAUUAACCAAAGAAGAUUGUGUAUUAACAACAACAAUUAUGAAUCGAAAAUGCACACGAAACUUUUUGGAUGUUUGGUGUUUGUGAUAUUGAUAUGUUUCUGCGAUGGUAUGCAUAACAAGAAGAAAGUGAAAAGAAAAAUUGGCAGUGCGGGCGAUGUGAAAAAUAGACUCCAUUUUGGAAAUGUUACUGAAAAACAAGGUGUUGACAGCAGAGGAUUUUUAUCACACGGAGGCAUCUUCUCCCUGGGAAAGGUGCUCAACUUCUUCCCGGUGGGAGGAGAGCGGGAGUGCCAGCCCUCCGGGUUCACGAUCGCGCGAGCUGGAAUCUGCCUCAACCCUUACGACUGCCGCCAGAGAGACGGCAAGGCGUCUGGCGACUGCGCCCACGGCCUCGGAGUAUGCUGUGUUUUCGAGGUGACCUGUGGGGGCACAGUGCAAAACAACCUGACGUACUUCAUGUCGCCGCACUUUCCGGAACUGUGGACUGGUGAGAUGAACUGCUCCAUCCAGAUCGAGAAAAGUCACGCGGGCAUUAUGCAGCUGAGGGUAGACUUUGUGCAUUUUACUAUAGGUCAGCCGAACCGUCUAACAGGGGAAUGCGAUGAAGAUGAAAUGGUCUUAGGAGAAGGAGCUACAAAUUUUACGCUUUGCGGACAAAACCACGGACAACAUAUCUACUACACUCUGUCAAGCAGCGAGACCAGGGAAGCGGGAGAGCUGCCCCACAGUAGGGCCACACCACUUGUUGUGCGCAUGCGUGGCAGGGAAAUGCCUCGACUCUGGCUACUGCGGCUGGCACAGAUGCCGCUGGCUCAGUCCUCGCCGCACAACUGCCUGCAGUUCCACAUCGAGAACAACGGCACCAUAAAGACCUUCAACUACGCUUCCAACGGUCGGCACCUCGCCGCUCAGGAGUACAGAGCUUGUGUCAGAAGAAACAUAGGGUUCUGCUCCAUACGUUAUACGCCGUGCGAUAACCGCUCUUUCAGGAUAGGCCCUAGAGGCGACAGUCCUUUGGACACUUUAAGUACGGAUCAAAUGGAUCAAAUCAUGCCGGUCGAUGACGAACAAAGUCAGGAUGGCGAAGAGGGCUCUGGUGCAGAUCCACAAAUCGAUGAAACUUCUUCUACUCCGCAACCUAGUAUAAUUUCCAGGAUAUGGAGCUAUAUCUGGCCGUUUGGCGGGCAGAGGGCGCGGCGGGCGUUCUGGAGCUGGUCCCCCUACAUGCAGCACUACAGCGAAGAGAAGGUCAAGUACUACGGGUACGGGAACUACGUGGGCAGCGGGUUCGGGAGACAACGCUGCACUGACAGAGUCACUAUACCGUGCGAGAACGAAUACUUCGUAUCGUCCCAGCUGUUCGGUCCAGGAGUGUGCGACCCCCACCACUGCGGGAACUUCUUCUGUCCAGGAGUGAGGCCGCAAGACUGCAGGGUGGACACUUCCAUCUCGCCCUUUGCGGUGUCCAUGCACUUCGGAGCGCCCACCUUCAAGCAGAACCCCGAAGAGAACAUUGGAAUGUGCUUACGAUAUACUCAAGUGCCUUGUGACUCUUAAGACACAAAUGUUGUAGCUCAUUGACGCAUAGAAUUAAGAAAAUACAGAACCCUCAUUCAGCCAUUAUUGCAUGCAGUGCGUGUGUCCAUAAACGGAGAAAAUGCCCCGCGCACGUCUCAUUUCACACCCGCGGAAUUUUGCUAGAUC